GACGGUAACGUUGCGUGUGUGUUGCAGCAACACAGGAGAACAAGAACAAGGAAGCAACAUGUGCCGAGCGUAGAAACCAAAAUAAGUGCUACACCUCAGAGGCAGCGGCACAGCGGAGAGAAGCACGGCGACGGAGAGACACGAAGGGAAGACAAGGACACGAAGACAAAGAUUGUUGGAUAUUCUAACACAAACGAUCACACUUCACAGCUACGUCAUGAAAAGAGAGGUGAAGGCCGGAGUCAACUUCCUCAAACGCCUGGCUUUGGCACGUGGAAAGCUCGACAAGGCCAAGGCUGAAGUGUUUGCUGAGAAGCUUCAGGAACUUCUGUGUAACAAAUUCGAUGAUCACUGGUAUCCUCAGUCGCCCAACAAAGGCCAGGCAUACAGAUGCAUCCGAAUAAAUAAUGGAGUCCUCUGUGAUGAGGAGGUGCUGAAGGCGUGUGAGGAGAGUGAGCUCACACCUGCUGAUCUUUGUCUGCCACAUGAGGUCACUGUGUGGAUUGACCCACUGGAGGUGUGUGCUAGAUCUGGAGAGAACAGCCGGCCCUUCACCAUCGCCACUUUUAACCAGGAUGAUGAGGAAGAGGAACAUGUUGAGGAAGGCAUUAAAGGGGCACGGGAUGACCCCUCGGUGGACGUGACCAACCUGGAAACGUCAGAUUACCACUCUGCUACGUCCUCAGAUUGCGGCUCUGCUGCAUCAAGUGACACGGAGGAGGAGACGUCUAAGGAUGGCAAGGCAGCGAGCGCUGGAGAGCAGAAGAAGGAGGAUGUUCAGACGGACGCAGCACAGAGCGACCACAACCCGAUAACCAUGAUUCCCAGGGUUAGGAAGCGAUUCGAGAAAGCGCUGAAGAAAGCCAAAUAUACAAGGAAUUUGGUGCCUGCUUGCCUGCAGUACUACUGCUACCCUGGCCCAGUGUGGCCUCAGUACAAGAAGGCGGCGCCAGUGUUCCUCACUACGGUGUGUGCACCUACAGCUCAUCCUCAUCCUCCUCCUCCACCACCUUCUUCACAGCAGCAGCAAGUACUGAGCUACUACAUCUUGCCGCAGCCGUCUCCACAGUUCAUUCUGCCUCAGGCCACUCUGCAGCCGUGGGGGGUCGUGAAAGGUUAGACCACCAAGAAACUUGGUGAAGAAUAAAAAUGAGCCACUUUCUAUUCUCUUGAGUUCUGUCAAAAAAAACCAAACACCCGGUAGCCAGAAGUUAUUCUUUGCACAACCUUUAUCUUUUUUUUCUGUUUCUAUUUUAAAUCCAGAUUAAUGAAGACUGUACAUAGCACAGAGACACCACUUGAAUGAUUAUCUUUAUCUGUAAACUCUGCACAGCUGUUCUUUCAUGUACUGUAAUGUAAUGUUCAGAAUGACUUAAGUCACCGGGUGCUUGGACUAACUCAGGGACUCUCAGCAAUAUGCUCACAAUGCCAACCCCCCCCCCCCCCAAAAGAAAAAACAAAAACAUGUCUGUUCAGGUGUUCUCUCAUUUUGUUUCUCACUUCUCUGGCCUUUACUGCUGAUCAGGUUAAAAUGUAAUUCAGGGUUUUAACCUCUCUUUGCUACAGUGAAUACAUCUGUAUAUUUAGAAAAUAUUUUUACUAAAGUGCUUGUAAAUAAUUAGAGGAUUUUCGCACCACACACAGACUCACUUUGUUAACGUUGUAAUUUAUUCGGCAACCUGUAGAUGGCGCACACUCACAGCUAAUGCAUAAAAAUCGCUCGCUUUUUUCCCCCCAAAACUUAAUGGUAGCUCCUGCAAACUUCAAAAGACUGACCAGCUUACAGCACGCGCUUUAUGUGCCCGCUGCUCUGAUCUAGUAUAUGGCUUGUAUAUGAAAUAAGUCAUUGUAACGUUUUUGUUUGUUUUUUGUGUAAAUAUUAACAUGGACUCUGCUACUGCUCUGUCUUGGAUACAGACACAUUUCACUUAAAGAUUAUGGGACCAGUGAGUGUUUUAUUAUUUGAGUGCAUAUGUAUUUUAUUGCCCGUGCAACUUUACAAUGUAUUUGCUUGUUCACAUCUUCUGCCAUUUACUUUUUUACUGCAGCACAUUAAAUGAUGUGAAACCAUA